AUGGUAGAAAAAUUAUCCAAAAACCUGAAACUAAAGAAACUUUACAUUUCAGUGUCAGUUGUUGGUUUUUUCCUGUUUGCUGCAACUUUAGUUGCUUGUGGUUUAUAUAUAAGGGCCAUAAGGAAAUUCAAGGCAGAGAAAAAUCGUUCUUCGAUACAUAAAAGCUCUGUUACUUCAGGUUCAACACCAAGAAAUUCCCCUCCAAUGACUACUAGAAGUUCCACGAAUUUGUGCUUAUCACCUGAUUUACUUGCAGNAACUAAUCAAGAUUUCACAACAAUAUCUGAUGUUUCUUACUUGCUUGGUUUUUCUCCAGAUGUACUACUCACCUUAAACAAUGUCACUUCGUCGUCGCAGAUUCUUGAAAUUGGUAGAGAGCUACCNUAUGGAGAGGAUGACAUUUCAGGAUCUUAUCUUGUGUUUGAAUAUUCAUCAAAUGGAACAUUAAGGGAUUGUUUGUCAAACUCCUUAGCUUCUCUUAGUUGGCAUAAAAGAACUCAAAUUGCCUUUGACAUUGCCAGAGGGUUACAUUACUUGCACUUUUGCACUAUUCCACCUUAUACACACAUGAACAUAAAUAGCAAAAAUAUCUUCUUGACUCCGAAUUGGAGGGCAAAGCUUGCUGUUUUUGGAGCGAAGGUUGUCAUUGGAACGACAAAGAAAAUUGGAAGUAUUGGAAGUCUCGGAGGCUGGAUUGCCCCCGAGCAUCUAGUACAUGGCUUAGUGUCUGAAAAAGUGGACAUUUUUGCAUUCGGGGUAGUAUUAGUCGAGCUGAUAUCGGGAAAAGAAGAUGUUGAUGGGAAUUUUUUGAGGUAUUCAAUUACAUUUUUGAGAGGGGAAGCUAAUGAAGGAGGAUGCUUCGAACAGUUGAAAUUUUUCAUUGAUCCAUGCCUUAGGGAAGAUUACCCUUUAGCAGAAGCAUUAUGUUUAGUUGUUUUAGCUAAAGCUUGUAUUGAAGAUGAUCCUCUUCAUAGGCCAUCUAUGGAUGAUAUAAUUAAAGUUCUUGCUAGAAUGGUAUGA